AUGUCUGCAAACUUACAAUCACGGUCUGCAUCUGUUUCGAACAGUUCUGGCUCAAACAAGUCUAGCGGCUUGCGCUCCGCUUCCAUUGGAGGCUCAAACUUUUUUAAUAAAGACGGCCUGUCUUUCUUCAGCUUGGAUCAUUCGGGUUCGGCAGACGAUCUGUUGCCUGAAAUCAAAGAGAAAUCCUUUUCUCAAGAGAACCACGUUCCUUCCGAGUUGGACAUUGUUGGUGCCCUUGGCACUUUGAACUUGGAUGAGGAAUUUGACGAUGGUAAUGGUCCUCAGAGCCCUAACUCAUCUGCAUCUUCUUCUAAGCAAGAAGCACCAAAGUCUUCCACUCCAUUUGCUCAACCUCAGAUUUUGCAGAAUGUCAUGGCACCUCCAAACAACCCACAAGGUUCUUUGACUCCACAGCCUGCGCCAGUUUCUGGCUUUGGUUCGGCUUCUGCUGUGCCCGCAUCUUUGAACACGACCCCUUCAAAUUCUUGGAGUAACACUUAUGUGCCUCUUUCAGCUCCUCCUUUUGCUUUCCCUAUGGAAGACAAAUCUGCUGAUUUGGCUAUGCGUGUAACUCCUCUUGAGCUUCCAGACGGUAAGCCCGAGGAUUUGAGUGGCCAAGGAAUGGUUCGUCCUUCUUCCAGAGAAGGCCCAGCUUCCCAACACGGUGCCAUGAUGUCUGUAUCUCCACAGCCAUUGCACCCUCUUGGUGGGGUCUUGGACUCUCGUUUUGCAUUUGGCAAUUUCUUUUCGAUGUCUGGCAUGAACUUUGCUCCAGAACAAGGUAAUCAUCUUGGCUCAGGUGAUAAGGAUCCUCAAGCUUUUGGCGAUGGAAAUCCCAUCAAAGAUAAGAGAGAUCAAGCACCAUUUGACGUUCCAAAUUCUGAUCCAUCGGCUCUUCCUCAUAUGGGCAUGCCAACGAUGUGGAACCAACAUCCUCAGUAUGUGAAUCCACAGUUCAUAUCUGGUAGAGGCCAGAACAUGGAUGCAAGGAUGAUGCCUGGACCAAUGGGCCAGUUUGAAGGAGUUCAACCAAACUUCAUGAACGUUGGAGGCCAAAACCGCUACAAGGACCAUGGUUUCUCGAAUUACUCGAACACUUCUCCUGGCCCUAAUAUGUCUUCCGGCAACAACCAGCAAAGAAAUCACCAUGGUAACGGCCCAUCAGGUAACUACUCCAACCGUCGCAACUACAAUAUGAAUUCUGGUGUGAACGUUCAUCGGAAAAUGCAUAACUCCAACAGAAGAAAGGGCGAUGACGCAUCGAAGUAUGCCAACGCCAAGUUGGAGGAUUUUACAGGCGACAUCUACUCCUUGUGUAAGGACCAGCAUGGAUGUCGCUUUUUGCAGAGACAGUUGGACUUGGGAAAAGAGUCUUCUCAAAAGAGUGGAUCGGUAAGUUCUGCCGUAACUAAUGAUGUUGCGGCCACUGUAAUUUUUAACGAAAUCUACUUGAAAGUUGUCGAGUUGAUGACUGACCCAUUUGGAAACUACUUGAUCCAGAAGCUUUCCGAGAACGUGUCUCCAGAUCAAAGACUCAUCUUGGUGAAGAACGCCGCUCCGGAGUUCGUCCGAAUUGCGUUGGAUCCUCACGGAACUAGAGCCUUGCAAAAGCUUGUCGAAUGCAUCUCAACUCCGGAGGAGAUUCAACAUGUCAUUGAAAGCUUGGCACCUCAUAUUGUGACAUUGUCUAGAGACUUGAAUGGUAACCAUGUCGUGCAAAAGUGCUUGCAGAAGUUGAGUCCAGAAAAUAACCUGUUUAUCUUUGAUACCACAUCUGCCCACUGCACUGAGAUCGCAACUCAUAGACAUGGAUGCUGCGUGUUGCAGAGAUGCUUAGACCAUGGCAAUGAUGACCAGCGCAAGCAGUUGUCCUUGAAAGUGGCUGAAAAUGCGACUCGGUUGGCGUCCGAUCCAUUUGGAAACUAUGUCGUGCAAUAUGUGCUUUCAAGAGGUGACGCUGAGUCUAUUGAGCUCAUUUUGGACCACAUCAGAUCGAACAUCAUCGCCUUAUCUUUGCAUAAAUUUGGUUCGAACGUGAUUGAAAAAUCUUUGCGUAUCGAUGCUUUGACCGAUAGAGUGAUGGAGGUUUUGUUGAACAAGAGUGACAAGUUCCCUCUGUUGUUGAACGAUCCGUACGGUAAUUAUGUCCUUCAGACAAGUUUGGAUGUGGCAAGCAGCACUGAUUUGGCCAAAUUGGCGAUCUCUUUGCAACCUCUUUUGCCGGGUAUCAAGAAUACCCCACACGGCAGACGCAUCAUGACGAAGAUUCAGAAUAUCCUCUAA